AUGGAAAUAUCUAAUCUUAGUUUUAAGAAUGAACCUUCUAGUAAUGGACUCUUCCUGUGUCAGGACCAGCGGGAGAAGUUGGUGUGCAGAAUCAACCCGUUCACCAUGAUGGAGUACCUGCAACUGAGUUAUGAAGAAGCUUUCUUUCUGGUUUAUGCUCUCGGAUGCCUGUCAGUUUAUUACAGCGGGGAACCUCUGUCCGUCGCUCAGGUUUGGACGAUGUUUCGUUCACUGCAGCCAAACUUCUCCACCUCCUACACGGCCUAUCACUAUUUCCGCAGUAAAGGCUGGGUGCCGAAGUCUGGAAUUAAAUAUGGAACUGACUUAAUGCUCUACCGGAAAGGACCACCGUUUUAUCAUGCGAGCUACUCGGUGGUGGUGGAGAGAGCAGACGCGUGUUUCAGAGGCGCGACGCUGCGGCCCUUCAGCUGGAGAUCUCUCGCCGCUCUCAGCAGAACCACCGGUAACGUCUCAAAGGAACUGAUGCUUUGUUACGUCAUCACUCCAUCAAACCUGACAGAAGACAUGCUGUCCUCGCCGGACUGUCUGAAGCGGUUCACAGUACAGGAGGUGCUGGUGAGCAGAUGGGUCUCCUCACGAGAGCGAACAGAACAGGAGGAAGUUUAACACAGCAUUGCUUUUUCCAUUCCUUGCAUGUUUAUUUUGCUUCAAAAUAUUAAGUUGCUAUUUAUUUUUUUUUAUAAUGUGCAGAGAUUGUUUAAACAACGACCAGACACAAAAUCAAAGAGUGUUCGACAAUAAAUAUAUUGAGAGAA